UUCGAAAUUGUCUAUAGCUUCAGUCGCGCAUUACCCGCCGUUGGUGUCGCGCACGCUGAGCGUGUUGCAAAAAAAAAAAACAGAAACAGUGAUAGUCGUUGUUUUUCUUUUCUUUUUUCUCUUUCAACUUUUUUCAUUUUUUUUAUGAAAAUAAAAGAAGAACCAAUAAAAUGACAUAGACAACGAUUUUCAAGUGCUAAUAGAAAAAUUUCCUCCAAGAAGAAAAAAAAUUAAGAAACUUUGGAUCUUAAUUUUAUAAUUGGAAUCCGAAAUUGUCACAAGAAUCAAUUUUUUUGCAACUUUUUACAAUUCCUCGAAUUAUUUCUCAGUCCAGCCAUGUCACUGGAGGAGUCUAGAAGAUCACAACGUCCGUAUAGAUACGGUAUGGUACUAUUGUGUGUAGGAGCGUUAAUUAAUUGGUUGGGUCUCGCCGAAAAUUACGUGGAACCUGUCAGAUAUGUCGGUGUAGCCUGCAUUAUUGCAGGAGCUUUACUGAUAUGCUGUGCUAUGUGCUGUUGGCUUCAUGCACCACCAACCAGAACUAGUACACACACUCAUCAUAAUAGUCAUCCAAUAACUGCCCAGAUUGAUGAUCCUAUUCACGUGAUAUCGAUAGAGGAGCCUCCUGAUGGAUCCAGACAAAAACCACCGGAUUAUGAUGCCGUGACUGAUGCUCCACCAACUUAUGAUGAUGCUAUCAAAUUAAAUCCAGGACAAUUAGUGAGGUCCAGUAAUUGUAGUUCAACUAUUUUAUCAGCAGAACACACGAUACCAGGGACGGUCGACGCACUUUCCUGCCAAUCUGUACCCACACCACCACCACCAUACGCCAGGUGAGAACCCUUGGACAGGGGAUAUGUUAUCCUGCCAAACAGCGUAAUUAUUGAUGAGGAAGAAAAUAAUUGGAGGAACAAUCAAGUACAAGGCUAACAUGUGCUAUACAUACUUUAAAAAAAAUUGACAUCACAAGUGAUUGAAAACUAACUUCGGACAUAUUAAAGAGAGUGAAAAGUGUCAAUGUGCGUAUAUUGAGAAAAAAAAUGAAAAAUUUUUCUCUCAAGAAAAUGAAAGAAUAAAAAAUGGCUCUUGCGGGACGAGAGAUGGAUGAUCAACGAAGACAAGAGAAAAAAGAAGAAGAAGAAGUGGAAGAAGAAAUGUAAAACGUGCCUCUAGUCAAUAACCACAUUUCCCGUUAUAUCGUCAACCAUCAUACAAUACACUACAAUGGCCUUAAAAAAUGAGUAUGGAAAACAUUGCUUUGGUCAAGAGUGGACACUAUUUUAUUUACAUAAAAUAAAAUCAAAGACGAUCGCGACAAAGGUACUAGAGUACUCGACUGAAUAGCCUUUAUUAAAAAAAACAUAGCCUUAUUUUCUCCUGUUGAAAGCAAACUUUAUAUGUUUCUACAUAUCCAAAACGAUAAUUUACGAAUUGUUGAUAAUUCUUGUAUAUAAUUGUACAAAAAGAACAGUAGUUAUAGUUUCGCAAAUUUUCUAAUCUAAUUUAUAAAAAUAUACGACUCCUGGAAUGAUCUUCCUUGACGAAACUAUUGUUUUUUUUUUUGCAAAAUUAAAUUAUCACAAAAAAUAUUAUUGUAGCGAAAAAAUUAAACGGAAAUAAAAGCGUUUUUCGUUCAUCAACAACAAAAUUUACCGUGGCCACUUUAGUUUAAUUGUAAAUUUUCAAAAUUAAUCUAGUAGAUACUUUUGAAGAUAUUGUACAUAUAGUUAAAAUAUUUAUAAUUUUAGUGAUUAAUUAAAAAAUUAUAGAUAAUUAAUAAAUACCACAUGGGUGUUUUCAACAGGGUCAGUUAAAAAUAUUUUCUUCAGACUGAAAUUAAACUGUAAAUUUGCGUCUUUCGCACAAAGGGACAUUUUUAAAAAUUCUACGUUUUUCUAUAAUAUUUAAAAAUUCCGUUUUUUCAUUUAAGUAGAUAAUAAAUAAAGAACAAAAGUUUAAGAACCGGCGGCAGGAAAUUGGGCCGAAAAUGUUAAAAACAAUAUUUUUUUGAAAAAAAAAUUAUUAGUUUUAAUUUUUAUGGCAUAUAUUUAAAAAAAAAUGUAAAGAAAAAAUAUUUUGUUUUCGAAAUGCGUCCCUAUAAUUGUGAUAUACAUUGUUUUUUACGUCUAAUUGCGAUGUGCUUAAAUAGUUGAAACCAAACGUCAAGUGCAAAAAUUUCUGUUGUAAACAAUUGUUUGCAAUUGACUAUUUAUUAUAAGACUUUUUGAUAGCAACAUGGUGAAUAUAUAUUAUUGAAUAAACAACAAAGAAUUGUU